UCCCCCUUUGAAAGAUUGUCAAAAGCAAACGUGUUUCCUUUUUCUCGACUUUUCGAAUAUAAUUGUCACAAAUUUCAGACUACGCUACAAUCACAAACGUUGUGCCAAAAUGCAUCCCGGCAUUGCUAUUGCCCUUGUUUUCGUGGGCUGCUGCUCAAACAUGGUGUUCCUGGAACUGUUGGUCAGUGAGUACCCGUCCUCUGGUCAGAUUGUAACAUUCACGCAGUUCCUCUUCAUCGCCUGUGAGGGGUUUGUAAGCACAACGAAGUUUGGGACUGUGAAAAAUAAGAUUCCCAUGAAAGUGUAUGCGGUGAUGGUGUCCAUGUUCUUCGUGAUCCAGGUGAUAAACAACAUGUCCUUCCGGUACAACAUCCCCAUCACCCUGCACAUCAUCUUCAGAGCUGGAUCUCUGUUGGCAAGUUUAUUACUUGGAGUGAUAAUAUUGAAGAAAAGCUAUCCACUGGCCAAGUAUUUGUCAGUGAUUAUGAUCACCCUAGGGAUCUGCUUGUGCACCUAUGCCUCUGCCACCUUUGAGCAUCCUGAUGAAAAGGACAAGCUUUUUGACUUGUACAGCUAUUCAAUGGGAGUGGCUCUGUUGGUGUUUUCCCUCGUAAUGACGGCUCGUAUGGGUCUGUACCAGGAGUCAGUAUACCAACAGCAUGGCAAACACCCCAACGAGUCCCUCUUCUACAAUCACGCCCUUCCCCUGCCAGGCUUCCUUCUGGUAUCCCAUGAUAUCUACAAUGCUGUGAUUGCUUUUAACAAGUCAGAGCCAAUGUCAUUGAUGUUUAUGUCUGUGCCAAAGAUGUGGGUGUUCCUGGCUGCAAAUACCAUAACUCAAUAUAUUUGUAUACGGUCAGUAUUUACACUUACCGCAGAGUGCACCGCCCUGACAGUAACACUGGUGGUGACACUGCGUAAGUUCAUCAGCCUGAUUCUCUCCAUCUGGUAUUUCAACAACCCGUUCACAGCUCUACACUGGCUCGGGACAUUUUUUGUAUUUUUUGGAACUCUGUUGUUUUCUGACACUUUGAAGACGCUGUAUCGUCAGUCAGUGAAAUAUUUCACCCCACAGAAAGAAAAUGGAGUACCCAAGAAGACAGAUUAGUUGUGUGAGUUUUUGUCUGUGCCAAAUAUUUGAUGUGCGGCGUUGGACAAUCCAUCUUUACAUCUUUAUACAUCUUGGUAUAGUGGGUUUUGGUUGGCAUGAUUUAACUUAUUUUGCCUUGGUUUAUUUUUGUUUUGUUUUGGUUUUACUUCAACUUUGUGUAAAACAUUAUGUGUUAUAGAAACAUGAUGACAUUUUAAUUACAAUUUUCAAACGAAAAAUCACAUUAGACACUAUGUUUUUUUCCUUCAAAUGCAGGUACUUUAAUUAAUUUGUAUGCCCCUGUAGGGUGGCAAAUACAAUGUAGAAGUUGGACUGUCUGUCCAUCAGUCUGUCCAGCAUUCCAUUUUCCGGAGGUUUUUUAUGCAAUUGGUUCAGAUAUUGAGCUGAAUUUUGGUAUGUGAGUCUACCUACAUGACUUUCAGAUGAAGUGUGAGUUUCAUGCGGGUCCAUUUUCUUGGGCGAAGUUAUGGGCAUUGAACUUCAAAACUUUCCGUUUUCCAGAUCUUUUUUUACGAAAUGCUUUCAGAUGUGUAGCUGAUUUUUUUUGUAUCUGAGUCUAUACCUACAUAACUUACAAAUUAAGUGUAAGUUUAGUUCCUCUCCAUUGAUAUUUGGUACAGUUAUGGCCUUGAACUUCAACAUUAUCCAUUUUCUGGAGAGUAUUUACAAAAUGCUUUUAGAUUUGUACCUGAUUUUUGGUAAGAGAGUCUGCAUGCAUUACUUACAGAUAAAGUGUGAGUUAUGUUCUGGUCCAUUGAUUUUUGGCGAAGUUAUGGACCUUGGACUUCGAAAAAAGAAGGUUUUGUAUGCAACAUAUUGCAGAUAUUGAGCUGAGUUUGGUAUGUGAGUCUACCUCGAAUGAUCAGGAUAUUGUUUUUGGCCUGUCUGUCUGUCAUUCUGUCCCAAAACAUUAACCUUACAGUAAAGUUUUGCAAUAACUUUUCCAAUAUUGAAGAUAGCAACUUGAUAUUUGGCAUGCAUGUGUAUCUCAUAAAGCGGCUCAUUUUGAGUGGUGAAAGGUCAUGGUCAUCCUUCAAGGUCAAAAGUGAAAAAAUAAAAUCCAAGGGAAGUAAUAAGCUUUAAAAGGGAGAUAAUUUAUAAACCUGCCAAAUAAUAUAUUGACAUUUUAUUUCCAAGCGGCGCAAUAGGGGGCAUUGUGUUUCUGACAAACACAUCUCUUGUUUUCCUUUUUACUGUGUUACAUCUAUUUUAUUAAACCACAGGAAACCAAGUUUGAGAGGGAUGUAUACUCAAGGUAGGUUGUUUGUCUGUGGGUCUGUUUGUUCACAUUAAAUGGUACAAGUUUGUAGAUCAAAUUACUUAAUAUUUUACAAUCAAUUAAAGUAAAUUUUUCAAUAUAUUCCUCUCCUCUUUAGUUCAGUUGUGCAAGACACUUUAUAUCCUUCCUGCACAUUUCUAAACACAUUUCUAAGCUAUGUGCCCUUGAAUUUAGCAAUCCCAAGUGAUCUACACAUUUCUGAGUUAUUUGCCCUUGAACACAGCUGACAAAGAGGUGUGUGGGGGGGGGUGUUAUCAAUCAAGUUUGUCUCAAAGCUGUAUUGGUUGAAUUUAGUUUUGUUUUCUUUAGAAAAUGUGCCAUUCCUAAGGUAGUAUCCUACCAAAUUACAACAAAAACCAGUGUGAGUUUUAACCUAGUUUAUUGUGCAUAUUUUACCUUUUUAUUAUUAAAGCCUGUUUUAUGACAUUAGUGUAUCUUUAAGAUUGUAUUUUUAUGCAAAAGUUUUUCCAUUUGAUACUAACUCCCAUUGGGUUGCACAUUGAUGAAAUCCUGUAUCCAUACAAUGUGUAAUUUCAUUGUUAGUAUUUGAUGAUACAUUUUUGAAACCGAAGAAUAUCCAUCCAUUUUUAAAAUAUAUGUGGUAUGCUGUAAAUAUUCUGUUUUCAGAUUAAUAUGUGCAUGGCCUGUUGUAUUAAACAAGUUUUUCAUAUUUACUUUGGGAACAUCGGCAAACCGCCUUUGACCAUUUGCAAAUAAGUGAACAAAAUAUUGUCAAAGUGAAUCAGUACAAUACAAAUACAAUCAUGUUUUAUAAUCACAAACUACAAUCAUUAUGAAACAUAUUCAAACAUCAUGUACAAACGUGCAUGUAUUGAAAACGACAAAUAGUGAACACUAAGUAAAUAUAGAAGACAUAUGAAGGGUUUCAUACAAGAUUUAUUUGUUGUUGACUAUUUUCACUUUUAAUGCAUUCUAAAUAUUUUGCAUACAUGUAUUCAGUAUUAAACCUUCUAUUGUACUCUAAUUUUGUAUAAAUUGUAUCGUGCCAAUUUUUCAUUGAUUGAUCUUUUAAUCUGUGGUUCAUUUCAUUGGAAUAAUUAAAGAAGUUUUUUAGCUUGGCUGUUUUCGGAGAAAACCAGAGGUAUUGUCAUACCCAGCUCAUCGUCUGCCGUAGGCGUCCUGCUAAAACCUUAACAUUGGCUCUAAAAUCAAAGUGCUUCCACCUGCAACUUUGAAACUUCAAAUGUAGAUCACCUUGAUGAGUUCUACAUGCCACACCCAUUUUUGGGUCACUAGGUCAAAGGUCAAGGCCACAGUGACCUCUAAUAUAAAACUUUAACAUAGGCUCUAAAGUCAAAGUGCUUGCACCUACAACUUUGAAACUUCAUAUGUAGAUGCACCUUGAUGAGUUCUACAUGCCAUACCCAUUUUUGGGUCACUAGGUCAAGGUCACUGUGAUCUCUAAUAUAAAACUUUAACAUCGGCUUUUAAAUCAAAGUGCUUCCACCUACAACUUUGAAUCUUCAUAUGUAGAUGCACCUUGAUGAGUUCUACACGCCACACCCAUUUUUGGGUCACUAGGUCAACGGUCAAGGUCACUGUGACCUCUAAAAAUAAAAAAUCUGACAAGCUUUUGCAGCCGAGCGUGGCACCCGUUAUGCAGUGCUCUUGUUGAAUAUUUGAAACAUUCCUUGUCCUAUUUGUUCUAAUUGUUGCUUGCCACAGAGUGAUAUUAUUACUUUUAUUAUCGCUAAUUAAAUCAUUGCAAAGAUUGCAUUGUUGGUUAUACACAUUACUUAGGUCUUUUAGCACAGCUUAUGUAUCUUUCUCUAGUCAACUUUAUGAAUUAUGUGAUAAACUGUGAAUGUUAUGAUUGCAGAUUCAUGUGUAAAUUUUCAGUUUUAUUCACACAUUUAUUACCUACUUAUAUAAAUAUUUACAACUUACAACGCUGAUUAUAACAAAAUCCAGUUUUGAUAGUUUCUGUACUUAAAUUUUAUGUUGUCUUUUUUCAUCUGUGUCCUGAUUCAUUUGUUGAACUGUCCUGAUUUAUUGUCCCCUACCGGUUUCACCAGAGGGGACUUAUGGUUUUCGCUCUGUGCGUAUGUGAGUCUGUCUGUCUGUCUAGACGUCUGUCACACUUUUCUGGAUCCUGCGAUAACUUUAAAACUUCUUCAUAUUUUUUCAUGACACUUGAAACAUGGAUAGAUGGCAAUAUGGACGUUAUGCACGUCAUUUAAUUUUGUUCCUACGUCAAAAAUUAUGGUUGUUAUGGAAACAAAUAUAAUUAAAAAAAUGACAAUGGUGAAAUUUCUGACAAUGGUGGAGCCGGUAGGGGACAUAUAUUGCCUGGCAAUAGUCUUGUUAAUUGUGUUAUAUUAAACUCAUAAUGAACUGACUAAGAAAUAGUUCCACAUAAUUGUAUAAAAUAAUGUUUACUUUUUUUUCACAUAGCAAAUUUAGUAUUUAGUGUCUAACAGCCAGGUAAAAAAUUAAAUCAAAAUUAUGACAAUCAGAUCAAUUUAUCAGUUCAAUUUAUGUUGCUCAAAUAACAUGCACACAGGUAUGUUUUGCUAAAUUUUUCUAUGUCUAACAUGUUCUGACUACUCUUUACAUUUGGUACUCAUGUAUAACCAGGAUAUAUUAUGUUUAUUUUAUUUUGUGUAUAAUUUUUAUUGGAUUAAACUUUGUUUAAUAUGCAUGUAUUAAAAUCUUGGAUUGUGCCGACUAAGUGUUACUGUUAGUUUGCAUUUGUUUAUUGUCCCAAAUCUGUUCCAAUUACGGACUGUUUUCCUUAAAAUGUCAUUCAAUCCUGUGUAAUCAAAUUAAAUCUAACCAAAUAUAUAUUUAUAAAUAACUAUGUAACAUUUAUAUGAUUUAAUAUUUGGUUUUUUUUUGUUGUUGUUUUUCUGUUAUAAAAUCUAACAUUUCGUGUUUUCAUGCAAGUUUUAUCGUUAAUUGUGCCUGAUGAAACUUUUCCAUUGUACAAAACUUCAGUUGAGCUUAACUCCUUAUGAAGAAAUUUCUGCAGACAUUUUAGUUUUCCAAUGUUUAUUUUAGUUUUGAUAUUAUAUACCGAAAUAAAUUUAUCAUUGCAAAA